GCCUUUUUGUAUGUCAACGUUAUGCAUCAAAUACAUGGAUGCUUGAAUAUGAGUAACCGUAGUAGCUGAAAUGGAGCGGGGAGGAUGAGUCAACUUAUGUCGAAUUUUUUUCCCGGAGUAUAACUCAUCAAAAUGUCAAAGAUCUAAGUCAGCUACGAUGUGGUACAGUAGAGGAUGUCGAGGAGAUGCACGUGCCUAAGUUGCAGCAAAGUUCAUUGGAAGGAAUUUGGAGAUCGGAGCAGUCAGCUCAGUGAACAUUUUUCAAGUUUUAUUAGUGGGCCCAUCGAUAUCAUGGUCCCGGAAGUACGGUUAAUCGUUUGAAAUUAAGUAUGCCUCCCAGAAUCUAGCUGCGAAUUGUGGAAAAGAAAAAAGCUGCUUGCCGACGUAGACGAGCAGUACAUUUUUCUACAUAUCGGUUCUGCUCAAUCAUAUCGUUUGAGAGUUGUGGGUGGCAACAACAGACAAAAUGGCUUACCAUUGGCAGAGCCACACCAAGAAACAGAGCGGUGUAGAAGACAUGGUCCUGCUGACCAAGAUUCAGGAAUCGUCCAUCGUUGAGAAUCUCAAGAAACGCUUCAUGGACGAUUGGAUUUACACUUACAUUGGCCCUGUGUUAAUAUCCGUAAACCCUUUCAAGCAGAUGCCUUACUUUACAGACAAGGAACUGGAUAUGUACCAAGGGGCGGCGUCCUAUGAGAACCCUCCACAUAUUUACGCUCUGACAGAUAACAUGUACCGGAACAUGUUGAUAGAGUAUGAAAACCAGUGCGUAAUUAUAAGCGGAGAAAGUGGUGCUGGGAAGACCGUAGCGGCCAAGUACAUCAUGGGCUACAUCGCUAAGGUGUCGGGAGGUGGGGCCAAGGUGCAGCACGUCAAGGAUAUCAUCAUCCAGUCUAAUCCUCUUCUUGAGGCCUUCGGGAACGCCAAGACUGUCCGCAAUAACAAUUCCAGUCGUUUUGGAAAGUAUGUGGAGAUUCAGUUCAGCAGAGGGGGUGAGCCCGAUGGCGGGAAGAUCUCUAAUUUCUUGUUGGAGAAGUCACGCGUCAUCACCCAGAAACAGAGCGAGCGGAAUUUUCACAUCUUUUAUCAACUGCUCAAGGGAGCAGAUGCAGAAAUGAAAGAGAGUUUUGGCCUGACCAACCCAGACUACUAUUACUACCUGAACCAAAGUGGAACAUUCCAAGUUGAGGGCACAAAUGAUGCCAAAGAGUUCAAUGACACCACGAGUGCAAUGGAAGUCAUCGGAAUUUCGGAAGAUGACCAGUUCAACGUUCUUAAUUGUGUGGCUGCCAUCCUUCAUCUCGGCAACAUCCAGUUCAGCGAGCACGGCAACUAUGCAGUAGUGGCACAAGAAGACUUCCUGGAUUUUCCCGCCUACCUCUUCGGGGUGGACAAGGAGCUUCUGCGGUCUAAAUUGAUUAGCCGACAGAUGGACAGUAAGUGGGGAGGUCAGACCGAGUCCAUCAAAGUCACGCUGAACACGGAGCAGGCCGCUUACACCCGGGACGCCUUGGCCAAAGCUGUCCACGCCAGGGUCUUUGACUAUCUCGUAGAGUCCAUCAACCAUGCCAUGCAGAAGGACCGGGAGGAGAUCAACAUCGGCGUCCUGGACAUUUAUGGCUUCGAGAUCUUCCAGGAGAAUGGCUUUGAGCAGUUCUGUAUCAACUUUGUCAAUGAGAAGCUGCAGCAGAUCUUCAUCGAGCUGACCCUCAAAGCCGAGCAGGAAGAAUAUGUGAAUGAGGGCAUCAAGUGGAAAGCAAUUGACUAUUUCAACAACAAGAUUGUGUGUGAUCUGAUAGAGGAGAAAAAGUCACCUCCUGGCAUCAUGAGCAUCCUGGACGACAUCUGCGCCACCAUGCACGCCAAGAGUGAAGGCGCCGACGAGAAGCUCCUACAGAAGCUGAACGGGGCAGUGGGCACCCACCAGCACUUUCAGGGCACCAGCUCCGGCUUCAUUAUACACCACUACGCUGGCAAGGUGACGUACACUAUCGAUGGUUUCUGUGAGAGGAACCGAGAUGUGCUUUUUCCCGACCUGAUUGAACUCAUGCAGUCCAGCGAAAACCCUUUCAUACAGAGACUGUUCCCGGAGAAACUUGGAACCACGGAAAAGAAACGACCCACUACUGCCGGGACCAAAAUCAGGACCCAAGCCAACUUGUUGGUGACAAAACUAAUGAAGUGCACCCCUCACUACAUCCGUUGCAUCAAGCCCAACGAGACCAAACGGCCCCGUGACUGGGAAGAGAAAAGAGUGUACCAUCAAGUUGAAUAUCUUGGACUGAAGGAGAAUAUUCGAGUGCGACGUGCGGGCUUUGCUUAUCGGCGGGAGUUUGACAAAUUCCUCAGAAGAUACGCAGUCAUUACUCCCGAGACAUGGCCCCAGUGGCGUGGUGAUGUUCGGUCUGGUAUCAAGCAUCUCAUGAAUGCCGUCAACAUGGAACCGGACCAGUGGCAGCUAGGCAAAACCAAAGUCUUCAUCAAGGCGCCUGAAUCUUUGUUCCUGUUAGAAGAGCAACGUGAGCGGAAAUACGACCACUUUGCUCGCAUCCUGCAGAAAGCUUUCAGACGCUUCAACGCCCACAAGCAUUACCUUCGUCUCAAAGAACAAGCAUCUGAUUUGUUGUACAACAAGAAGGAGAGAAGACGCUACAGUCUCAACCGUAACUUUGCCGGCGAUUACAUCGGCUUUGAGCACAAUCCAUUGCUGCAGGCAUUGACUGCACGUAGGGAGCGUAUCGAGUUCGCCGACAAAGUCAGCAAGUAUGACCGUCGCUUCAAGGUGACGAAGCGCGAUUUGCUGCUGUCGGCCCGCACCAUUUAUCUGAUCGGCCGAGAGAAGAUCAAGAGUGGGCCAGAGAAGGGCCAGGUUAAAGACGUCGUAAAACGCAAGAUCCCCGUUGGACAGGUGCAGAGCGUGUCACUUAGCACUCUACAAGACGACUUCUUUGUCCUGCAUGUGGAGAACGACUUCUCCAGCCUCCUGGAGUCAGUCUUUAAGACGGAAUUCCUGACAGUACUCAGCAAGAAAUACAGGGAUGCCGUGGGUCGGGAGCUGCAACUUGACUUCCGUGACACGAUAGAAGUGGUUGUGAAGAAGGAAGGUUGGGGCGGUGGCGGAACCAGAACUGUUCGCUUUGCUCAAGGCAACAGUGACCUGGCCAUCCUCAAAGUCAGCGGCAAGGUCAUGACGGUUAGCGUGGGUCCCGGACUGCCCAGAAACUCACGACCCGGGGUCAGACAGACCCAGGUGACAAGGUCAGACCGAGCUAACGCUUCACCCAUGGGCAAUGGACGUGUCCAGCGGAAAGCGCCUGGCCGGCCCCCUCCAUCAGCCUCCUAUGCCCAGGUGGACAAACCGCGGAAAUCACCGCAGCACUCACCGCAACACAAACCAAUGAUGCGUAACAGUCGGCGUCUUAGCGGGGAUCACCCAUCGCUUCCCAAGGAUGGUGCUGCCAAGUGGGCAAAGAACCCCAGGGUACAGCAACUCAACACAGCCUUCUUGCAGACCCCGGAUGCAGGCGUAUCAGGAUUCAAGAGACAGUCGCUGAAGAGACCCCCCGCCCAGCCCAAACCUAAGCCCCUCCCCAAGCCCAAACUACCCAUGUGCCGAACACUCUAUCCGUACGACGCCCAAGACACUGAAGAACUGAGCUUCAGCCCCGGCGAAACCAUCGAGAUCAUCAGCGAAGACCCCUCUGGGUGGUGGCGGGGCAGGAUGGGACGAAAAGAAGGCCUCUUCCCUUCCAACUACAUCGAAAAGAUCUAGACAGCCCCAAAGAAAACACUUUGUAAAUAUUAUCAACUAACAAUGAAACUUAGACAUGCAUAUAAUACAAAGGAAACCGACUAACCGAACGCACUAUGGAGUGAUGAAGGAAAUUGAUCAGAAACAGAGCUUGAGCCUGUAACCAAAUCACUGCCCCUGGUGUUGUACUAAAGGAGCUUUCAACCACUGGUUGGCAGUGUCGUUUAGUCAAUCUUUAACCAGGGUGCUUCUCAGGAAAUCAGGGGAGAUUUCUGACAUUCUCACAGAAGUUGACGGCCUAGUUGGUGGAGCACUUGGGUCAUAUUCCAGACAACACUGGUUCUAAUUCUCUCUCGGAUGAGUUUUCCCAAAGCUAAAAAGAACUCAGUGACACUAAGUUCUUGACAAGACGCAGAGCUCUGUCACAUGGAAACUCCCCUUUUGCCUAGUUCCCUGACGGCACAGAGUUGCCACCGAACUGAUUUGGUCACUUGGCACCAGCCUGUUGCCUUCCUAUUUGUUUAGUACAUGUAUGAUGACCAAAGCUCGAGGAAGUAUAAUUAGGGUUGAUAACCAGAUGUGGAAAGCAAUAGACACGUUAAUCAUGAAUUGAUGCUCUGCAAUCACAGUGUUCAACGUGUCAUUCAAUUAAUAAUGAAUGAAUAAUCAGACACUAAGAACAAUUUUUUUAAUUAACUUGGGUUAUCAGGGGAGACAAUUAUAAUGGAAUUGUGCCUUAAUAUCAGCAAGUGAGAUUUUGUAUUCUUUUAAAAUGAUGCAAGGGCACUUUUUAUGAUUAUGUCAUUUUUAAAAAUGGCUCGAAAUUCACACAAGGAAUAAUUGGAGCUCGAUAGAGGGCGAUCAGAACUGUUUUCCACAAGGGAGUGACAAAUGAACCUCAACUUCCUCCCUAAACUGUAACAGACAAUGCUCUUCCUGACAGGGCCUGGAUAUGAGUCAUGCCUGGGUCGGAGGUCAAAAGUCAAUCGAAACAGUCAAUCCAACAGUCAUGCUUUGUGUAUUGAAUUUCACUUUCUUUCUUUUUUAGGCUAUCAGGCUGUGAGCCUGUGUUGCGUCUGGGUUUGUCACGUUUGUCACAUUCUUGGGCAGAGAAUGUUGAAUUUUGGACAAUGCGGUGUUAUGUCUAACAGGGAAAUGAGAGAGUAUUUCUCUCUCAGCAAGUAUUGUAUUGUUUUGUCUGUUGAGGGUCCUCUGUAACACCUGUAUACCUAUAAGAGAAAAAAUUCAGGAUUUGUUUGUGGGAGAAGAACAGCAUUUAUCAACAGAUAGGAAAAGCAUGCCAAGAAGACAGCACUUGGUACUUGACCAUUCGUAAAUGCUUCUUUGAAUGACCAAAACUGGACAAGAUAUUGAAAAGGUUUGUAAGGAAUUGUUCCGACCUGCGAACUGAACACAAGAGUUAAUUCUUCACCGCUGAUUUUACAAAUCACGGAAAUGACUGCAAACAAUUUUUUUCCGUUAAAAGUAGAAGGAGUUUGGAUGUUGAAGAUUGUACAAAUCUGAAAAAGUCAGAAAUUGAAAGGCAACAGACGUUUGUCGUGCACUCCUCCAUGUUGGUCAGGAUACCAGAAGGUAUGAUAGAUGAUUAGGAGGGGUUAGCAAGUUUUCAAAGGCACCAGACGUACAGAAAAAGUUUUUGGAUUAGUUAAGCGUGGUUGUUGUGUUGACUGUAAGCUUGAACAAAUUGACUUCAAAUUGACUAAAUAAAAGAUGGAAAAUUGCCAUAGGUUCUAAAGAAUCCUUUCCAUUGCAUUGAAAUUUCAAGGCACAUUCGGAACUGACAAGGCUACAAAUUAUUUGGUUUGGACGUAACAUUGAUAUGCACAGAAUGUUUGCUUGCUUAUGUAUAUUCUAUUUACACAAGUUGUAGAUUACAGAAAACCAAUCAGAUAUAUUAGAUAUAUUUUUUGUAUCAAAACGGGCUAUGAUUUUUUAUUUAUCAACAGAAAUUACAAUACAUUAAAAACUUAAGCAAAGUAGCAUUAGUUGUAUAUUUGAUUUGUUCUGUUGGUGGUACAUAGCUUUUGCAGAAAUGCAAUAAUUGAUUUUAAUUUUCCAGAUUCUUGGAAAAACAUAUUUGAUUUUGGACCUUUGUUCUUUCACUUAUUUUCUGACUCUUUCCUAUUUCUCUGUUCAGUUAGUAAUGCAGCUUUUUUCUCUCUUUCAUGUCAGAAGUUAUUUCCAAUUUUCGAUGAAAAGUCAGCCAUUUUUAAACUUUUGAAAAUAAUGGGUAUUUUUUGGUGAUUUUUUUUCAUAAUACGGUGAAGUGGCAUUUAUAUUUUUGUAAUUUUUGGGACCUAUAAAUAAUUACAAAAGAUCCUGUGGAAUUGUGAUUAUGGAAUUGUUCACAAUUAAAAUUAGAAUAUGUAGAUGUUUUGUGCGGGAAAUAUUGUAAGUUGUGGAUCGUGAAUAGAUUCAUUUGAGAUAAAAAAUAUUUCACUUUUUUAUUCGUCACUCAUUCCUCUGAGAUAACAGCUAAAUAUUUAUAAAAUGUGUCACUCCCUUAAAAUUUUCAGUUGCUAGACAUUAAAUAGUAGGGACGAAAACAGAGUUGGUUCUGUUCUAGUAAAAUUUUUGAGCUUGAAGACCAAAAAUUCUUGAUCUACAAAAGUGUUCUCUGGAAAGCAAAGAUGAGAAAGAAAUUAAUCAUGACGCAAUCGAUUGGUUUUAUCAUGGGAUUCUUGCUUUUAGUCCAUUUCUUUGAAUGCAGGGAAGUUGAACAGUAGAAGGUCAUAUCCGCUUUUCCUUCAUUUUCUAAUGUGUGUGUCUCGGCCAUGUAGCAAAGAUCAUUUUAGAACAUUCAAAGGGUGUGUUUUGGCUGAAGCAUAAUAUGACGUGUCACAGUAUCAUUGGUCCGUAGUGCGAACCGCAGACACAGUUGUCGGUUAGCUACACCUGCUCCGAGUUGGAAACGGAGAAGAAAUCAGAAACAAAUUGCUAUCAAGUGUGGAUAUAGAUGAUAAAAUGUGCGCUCUCAGUUUAUGUCAGCAACGUUUGCGGAUGGAUCCCAUUUUGCCGAGUUUAUUACUCUUUGUUUUUGUUUAAAGCAUCUUCGAAAAUUUGUUUUUGUUUUUGUUUUCAAGAAUUUUCUUCCUCUUUUAAGUAGCCGCAGAUAGUUUUGUGCGUCACUGUGUUUGAGCUGGUCUCAAUUUGGUGAUUUUAAAGGGGAAGUAAUGUGCCUACGUUAUGCCUUUCUUGGUGGUGGGAAAAAAAACACAUGUAUGCAAAGAUAUAUCCAGAAAAUAUUGAGUGAUUUCUGUGACACGUCAGCGGACGCAUUGUGACCAUUUAACGUGUUAUUGUAGUUCAACGAAGGUUAUGCACAUUCGGGCGAAUAGGAACACCUGUUUAUUUUGUAGAAUAUUCGGAUUUUUUUUCAUGCGUUCUUUAGAUUGAAAUAGCUUCUAUUUUUUGGCUUUAUUUUUCCACCAGUUAUGUACUUUAGUGUACUUUACUCCGCUCAUAAUUGUGACUUGCUGCUUGUAACAUCUUCUGAAACGAUAUAAACCACUGUGGAGUAUUUCAAA